AUGCCUUUUGUUAAGAAUACCAAAAACAAGGCUUACUUCAGCCGCUACCAGGUGAAAUUUCGCCGUCGCCGCGAAGGACGCACGGACUACCGUCAGCGCAAGCGUCUCGUCUGCCAGGACAAGAACAAGUACCAGAGUCCCAAGUACCGUUUGGUUGUGCGGUUCACUAACACCCAGGUCAUCUGUCAAAUUGUGUACUCGCUCGUUGACGGUGACCGCAUUCUUUGUCAAGCGAACUCGAAGGAGCUUGCCCGUUAUGGUUUGUCUGUAGGUCUCAAGAACUACGCCGCCGCCUACUGCACUGGUCUUUUGGCUGCCCGCCGUCUGUUGCAAAAGGUUGGUCUUGAUGAUGUAUACGAAGGAAAUUCCGAAGUUGACGCUACAAUUGUCAGCACUGAAUAUGACAAGAAGAAGUAUUUUGUUGACGAAGUUGACGAGGACAAACGCCCCUUCCGCUGUCUGUUGGAUGUAGGUUGUAAGCCCACGACGACAGGGCACCGUGUCUUCGGCGCUUUGAAGGGCGCUGCGGAUGGUGGCUUGGAUAUCCCUCACUCCGAAAAGCGCUUCCCAGGGUUUGACCGUGACUCCAAGGAAUACGAUGCCGAUAUGCACCGCGAACGCAUCUUUGGCGGACACGUUGGUGAAUAUAUGGAAUACCUCGAGGAAGAAGAUAACCAAAAAUAUCAGGAGCACUUCGCUUCUUUCAUUGCCGCUGAAGUGGAAGCCGAUGGUCUGGAAGAGCUCUACGAAUCUGUCCACGAAAAGAUCCGCGAGGACCCCAGUCCUUCUCCUAAAAAGGACUUUAGUCCUGACAAAUCCUUCAAGCGCAAGGCUAAACUUACGCUGGACGAGCGCAAGGCUCGUGUCCAGGCCAAGAAGGAUGCCAAGAAUGCUGAGCUCGCAGCUGACGAUGAGUAG